AUGUAUGAGUUAUUUCUCACGACGCUUGUGGACGACGACGAUAUUCAGGCAGCAUGCUCAGUCUUGGGUGGCCUUUGCGCCAUGCCUGCGUGGCAGAGCCUCCAUCGCGUCCUCUACUUCAAAGGUCCUGCUAAGCCUGGCGGUAUUUCGAACCAAAACUCAAUCGCGAAGACUCCCCGCAAGGAUAUCCAGAUCUUGUGGAAGGAGUUACAUCAGCAGCUCAGCCGUCAGUCCUACAUCAUCCAAGCGCGGUAUGAGGUCUCCAAGGACAAGGACUUCGGCCCGACCGCUCCGGAAGUGGACUUCAACACUCGCCCGGGUACUCUCCGUUGGACCGAUUUCCCUGAUCCUCCCCAGGUUCGGUCGUCAGUUACACAGCGCAAGAAGACAGAGAUUUGGGAUCAGCGAAACCUUCCCUCGGUCAUGAAGGACAACAAUUACCAAUUCAAGAGUGAGGCGAUUGAGGAGACGUAUCAGUUUUUCAGAGACGAGGUUGAGUUUUGUCUCUCGAGACACUACAUUCUUCAAAUGAACGGGGAUGGCGCUCCUCUAACGCAACUUGCACCAUGGGAGACAUUCGCGCCCGCCGAUCCAGGACGGCGCUGGAUGUUCCUUAUCAAAGUCCAUGUCCAUCAGGACAACAAACCAGAUGAGAUUCUCAAGGCACAUGAGCACUUGGCUAGCAUUCGACGCGAGCUUGAAGGUGUCUUUGACUUCAAAACGUUCGACAGACGUAUCCAUGAUACCAGAGUAGCAGUUGAGAUGCGGAAUGCACCGGCACCCCUACCUCAGGUCAUGACUGUUACCGACCAGCGGUAG